AUGCGAUUCCUCACCGGCACCUUCACCACCCUUGCUCUCCUCGCCUCGGCGUUCUCGCCAGCCAACGCCGCUCCGUCUCAAGGGGCUCACGGUGUCACCGUUAGACCCGCGGACGGCGAGACAGUCGUGGCUGGCGCGCCCUUCCCAUUCGAGUAUGCUCCCGCAAACGCGUGCCACGACGGAUACACCCCUAUCGGCGUGUACAUCGGUCGCGAGGCCCCUUCGUUCGAGAAGGAUGUCCAGGACAACGGCCACCUCCGUCCGGGCAGCUUCAUCUUCCAGUUUGGCGACUGGUUGAUCCCUAACUUCGGACUCCCGCCGUCGCAGCCCCCCCCGCCCCCGCCGGCCAUCUUCCUGCCCGAGUUCCCGAACGUGGCGAACAACACGAAGCUCUACCUUACCGUUGUUGAGACCUCCAUCGACUGCCCGCCUGGACCGCCUGCUGUCUCGCCCAAGUACGGUUUGGAGACCACCAGCGUAGUGUACGUCACCUUGGUGUGA